AUGGAGGGUGAUCCUGUGGCUACACCCAUCUGUGGCCUGACCUACGGGCAGCUCACACCUAAACCGAUUAAAUGUUUUUCUGGAUCUGACGAUCAGGAUUUUGAGAGUUGGUUGAGAAAAUUUGAGGAUGUGGUUCGAAUGGUCAGUCCCCCACUACCGGACCAACUCCGUAUUAACACCUUGGUCGGAUUUCUGGAAGGAGGAGAACGGGAUAUUAUCCACGAUCUGUCGGACACUGAUGAAAAUUCGUAUGCGGCACCGCCGCAAUUUCGGAGUUUGGCUAGGCAACAACUCUCCGACUGUAAGCAAGGUCCGACAGGAAGCGCACGCGAAUUUGCCGACCGUAUAAAGCAGAUUGUUGAGAAAGUGACUCGGGGACAGCCUAAGCACGCACAAAAUGAGCGUCUUUUGGAUGAGUUCCAGGACAGACUGAUACCAACGCUCAGAUUCCAUGCUGUGGUUAAAGCCACUACAUAUGAGUCCCUUCUAAAUGAUGUGGCAAGUGCCAUUACCAUUUUUCCUGGCACCCAGCCUACCGCUCCUCCACCUGUUCGUGUGGUAGCCGCACGAAAUACCUCCGCUCCACUGGACCGGACCAAUACCGACAAAGAUAUUCCAAGACAACAACGUAGGAAACUUCGACUUAUUAUCCUAGCAAUAAUAGAUCAAAGAGGUUCUGGGAAAAGGCACCUAACUCGGACAUCGUUUGCUACCGUUGCAAAAGGAGAGACCUUUUGUCACUAUAGCUUGCCACCAGCCGGCCUGCAACCCCCGCAAUUACCGGCGCCGCGUAACAAAAAUACUACUCAAAACGAGAACUUUUCCCGCGUUUCCCGUAACAUGAAUCAGGGUUACGAUAUCCCCGCACAAAUGCGGGUCGUGUGGAACCACGUAGACGGAGCACAGUGCUCGCAGCGGACACCUCAAAUGAGGAGGUGCAUCUCCAGUGCAAUUUCUACCCAACCCAUGCUAAUGAUGGGCAAGAUUCUGCGGCGUUCCGAUAUCGAGGCGACACUUGUAGGAGACAAAAUUGUGCGCACUAAGUCAUGUGCCCCUAUUAGCGGCUCCAUGUACCAGCUACUGCCAUUUAAUUCCUCGUGUUUCUCAUCUCCGGCAGUGCGGGUUUCUCUUCCCAACGGGUCCUAUUGGAAAACAUUUCUCGAUCCAGUUGGGCUGUCGGCCGUCCCAUUCAGGGUGCGUACGAAAACGAUCCUGAUGCGAGCACAAAUCAUCGACAUCGAGAUGGAAGAGGAAUACCUCGAUGUCACUGCUCAACUGGAGACAUCCGAUGGUGUUCGGUUUCGAGCGUACCUCCUUUCGUCACGAAAUGGACGAAUCGCAGUAGGAGCUGUCCUCCAUGGACGAGCGAGCCAAUCUCGGGCUUGCUCUAAUCGAAUACUCUUGCAUGCCACAGAUGAACUAGGUUGGUUGGCGGCUCGUGUAACUGGGUGUGAUUUUCCGGAUUACAAUGCCAUCACUGUCACAGUGGUAGGAUCGCAAAUACAACUUAAUGCUGACCAGGUUAACGCGGUCAAUCCGUAUAAUAAAGAGUACUGUCCAAAUCCUGUUCGAAAUAUCGCACUUGAUGUAAUUGGUGCGAAAAUCGCUGAGCUUCAGUCGAAACACAUCCGUGCUGUGCGUUAUGUCAGCGAAAUCCUUGCUCAGGGUACGCUGCAACAAUCGCCGUUUGCUCUGCAUACGCUCAUGGAGAAUUUCCAUAGUACGCAUCGUCAUUUAUUAGAUGACGACCACUACAAACGGUUCAAGCGGUUUUCAGACGAGCGUCGACAGCUACGUGAGUUCAUGUUCUCUAAUACGCAAACUAAGGUCGUAGAUGAAGAAUAUAAAAAAUUGAUGCAACGUUCAUGGGGCCUCAAGGUGCUCACUAGUAAGUUUAUUAAAUUAUAUAAACCCAAUGUGUACCUUUGCACGGUCUCUACCGCGUUAAAUCUUACUCGCAAGAAAGGCUUGUGGUACACGAUUGGUACUCCGUGGUACAGGUUCAUUUUAGAUGAGGCAUCGAUGGUGCCAGAGGCGACUCCGAUGACGCUAAUAUCACGCUUCCCAGAAGCGCGAAUUACGCUCAUCGGAGAUAGCAAACUCGAUUUGGUUACGAACCACGAGUGGACACCAAUAUGUCAUCUACGAACGGUUUACCGUCCUCACAUAGAGAUGAUGUAUCUCAACUCACGACUCUUCUACGACGGUUCACUCACUUGUGGUGCUGCGACAUCCCUCCGUCAAGCUGGCACUCAUCAAUACCCAUCAUAUUCUGUGCAGUCGGUCACUGGCUCUCAUAGCAAUAUCGUAGAGGCCACCGCAGCUCAUGUACUUCUGCGCUUUCUUUUAGCUAAAGGUUUUGCGCCAGCGCAAAUCAUGGUGAUCUGCCUGUACCGUGAUCAAAAGCUACUAUGUGAGCGUAUUUUACAGCAGACAGACAUCACGGUUGACAGCGCACAGGGAAAAGAGAAUUCCGUGAUCAUCCUGUGUACCACACGCACAGAGAACGUGGCGCUCUCUUGUGCUAAAGACGGUUAUCUGCCUUACCUCCAAGCUGCAGCCGUUCGGAAUAGAGUGUUUGGAUGGUGUCGAAAGAAACGCCUAACGAUUGAUCUUCACUUCUUUGAUAACUCCCUUCGACCUCCUAUUCAACCC